AUGGCUCGGAGGACUAUUGGGAGCUCCGGCCGUGGAGAUGUAGGUCGCUUGGAGCUGGAUGGCAGCCCGUCGACAAAUGAGCCAAUGUAUGUGGCGAUUAUGCCUCCUCCCGGGCUGAGCCAGGACAUCGGUGAAGUGGCAAAGGUUUACCCACUAGGCCAGAUUGCCUCGCGCGGUUUACCCCUCCUGCCUUCUCCAAGUGAUCCAAGUGGCUUCGCCAACAAGAAGACUACCCCCCCCUCCCCCCCCAAGCCUUCGAGCCCCAAGCCGCCAGCAGCGUUCCAGAACUUCAAUUUUGCCGUCAUCUUCAAAGGCUACGACCUGGACAAGCAUGCCGCCUUCGAGCUUGUCCCCCGCUGA